AUGUCAUGGAUGAAAGGUAAAUCAUCUGGUUGGACUGCGUUUGAUCUCAAGCAGAGACAGAAACAAGGUCUCGAAGAAAGAGAGAUCGAGGAAGAUCCAUUCCCACCUGUUUCGAGUAGUGUUGAUGCACCCUUAGAUGUAAGAGGAAAGCUGAGAAGAAAUCAUGAAUCUUUUGAAAAGUCUUUUUCGUCCGUGCUCUUACCUCCUUCGAAAUUUCCGGCAUUGACAGAGAAUAAGGAUUUUGGAAACCAAGUAAGCGGUGGAGGUCGCAAAAACCAAUCGAACGGUUUGAUUCCGCCUAUAAACAGUCAUGAUUCAACUUUCAUGAAGCUGAAGGAAAUGUUCAGCUGGGCAGAUGAUAGCUUGAUAAGGGAUAUAUUGUUGUCCACAGAAGAUAAAUUUGAGAUUGCCUUCGAGUUUUUGGAAGCAAUGGCUCCUAGUAAUUCAGCAGACCAAGGUACUAACAGUAAGAAACUUGAGGAUCCAACUUCAAAGAUUGAUGGUUAUUCAACCGAUAACAGAAGAUCCGGGUAUAAAACAUUCGGUAGAACUGCUACAAGUUCGGUGAAUAUGGCUGCAAGGUCCACAUGUGAGGAUGCUGACAAGGACGAUCUGCAAGAGAGUAGUGGAAGUUCGUUUCUGGUGAAUGCAUAUGACAGUGAAAAGCUCUCUGAUGAUAUUUCUGAACUAGAUAGUAUCAUUCAGAGGCUUCAGUCCAUUCAUAUAGAACCUGAAUGGGAAGAGGAUGAUCUUUACUUGACUCAUCGAAGGGAUGCACUGAAAAUGAUGAGAUCAGCCUCAAACCAUUCAAAAGCUGCCCAAAAUGCUUUUCUGAGAUAUGACCAUGCUUCUGCCAAGCAGCAUUCAGAGAAAGCAAGAGAGGACUGGUUAACAGCUGAGAAGUUAAAUGCUGAGGCAGCCAAGAAGAUCAUAGGUAUAACAAAUAUGGAUAACGACAUAUGGAAGUUGGACCUGCAUGGUCUCCAUGCAACAGAAGCUCUUCAAGCGUUACAGGAACGUUUGAAAAAGAUCGAAGGUCGAUUCACGGUGAACCGUUCAGUAUCACCAAAUAGAGGUAGCUCAAAGAAUGCCGCUCUGCGAUCUGCAUCACAAGAGCCUUUUGGUAGAUUAGAUGUGGAAGGCCUGGACUGUCAAAGAACUUCUUCUAGAGAACUACGAAACUCAUUGCAGGUUAUAACAGGUAUUGGUAAACACAGUCGUGGACAUGCUUCGCUUCCUCAAGCCGUGAAGACAUUCUUUGAAGAUAACAGGUACAGGUUUGAUGAGACAAGACCCGGAGUUAUCACAGUGCGGCCAAAAUUCCGACACAGCUGA